UUACCUAAUACUUACCUAAGUGGUAUAAAGUUCUUAGUGUUGUUUUUAUCAUCAAGUAUUCACUGCUGCAGUUGAAAGAGACACUUAUCUAGCAAAUAAAGAAAUACAUAACGUGUUUUGCCACAAACUCAUCGAACCGGCCGCUGAGUGAACGUGCUGGCCGCAUUGUGUUAUCAGUGGGAUUUUGAUUUUAUCUGCCUUAAAAUCGUGUGGAUUUGAUUAUAAAAGAUGGCUGUAGCUAUAAAUAAAGGCGUAUACAUAGUGGCUGCCAAACGCACGCCGUUCGGCAAAAUGGGUGGUAUGCUAAAGAAUAUACCCCCAUCCGACUUAUUGCUUGUUGCCGCUAAAGACGUCUUGAAAGCCGGUAACGUCGCUCCCAGUCUGGUGGACACUGUUAAUGUUGGGAUUGUUAAUACGUUAAGCGGCAGCUCAGACGGCUAUUUAGCUGCUCGCCACGCGUCCCUCAAAACUGGGAUCCCUCAAGAAAAACCCGCUCUUGGAGUGAACAGGUUAUGUGGAUCUGGUUUCCAAGCAGUGAUCAACAGUGCUCAGGACAUCCUAACGGGAGUGGCUCAAAUUUCUCUCGCCGGUGGAACAGAAAACAUGUCAGCUGUCCCGUUCUUAGUACGAAACGUUAGGUUCGGCGCACCCUUGGGAGUUAAAAUAGAGUUCGAGGACUCCCUGGUUAAAGGAUCUUUGGACACAUACUGCAAUUUCACGAUGCCACAGACUGCGGAGAAUUUGGCUGAGAAAUAUGGCUUGGUGAGAGGGGAGGUGGAUGAGUUCGCUUUACAGUCACAGAAGAAGUGGAAAAUUGCUCAAGAUAGCGGGGCGUUCCAGGCAGAGCUAUCGCCAGUGAUAGUGAAACUGAAGAAGCAAGAAGUGAUCAUGGACAGAGAUGAGCAUCCGCGCCCGGAGACCACCCUCGAAGCCCUGCACAAACUUCCCGUGCUCUUCCGCAAGGGAGGCGUCGUGACUGCUGGGAACUCUUCGGGUGUAAACGACGGCGCAGGGGCGUUGAUCCUUGCCAGCGAAGAGGCGCUAAAGCAACACAAUCUGACACCUCUCACCAGACUGCUCGGCUGGUCGUUUGUGGGCGUGGACCCGAGUGUCAUGGGCAUCGGCCCGGUGCCUGCCAUUCAGGGACUGCUCGCUGCUUCGAAGUUGACGCUUAAUGAUAUUGAUCUAAUUGAGAUCAAUGAAGCCUUUGCAGCCCAGACCCUCUCGUGUGCCAAAGAACUAGGUCUAGACAUCAGCAAGUUGAACGUGAACGGUGGAGCGGUCGCUAUGGGACAUCCCCUCGCUGCGUCGGGCGCUAGGAUUACUGCUCACCUUACUCAUGAACUGAGGAGGCGGAACUUGAAGAGAGGCAUCGGAUCAGCAUGUAUCGGCGGCGGUCAAGGAAUUGCGGUGCUGCUAGAAAAAGUUUCCACCACUAUUCACCGUCAUUCGCCGUGUUUGGUGUGCGCUGGCUCUUACAUUACCCGGCUACCUAUUGCCAUGGCACUCACGCGCAAAGCCAUUUUUGUAGUUGGCGCGAAAAGGACGCCAUUUUGUAAAUAUGGCGGUUACCUUCGUGAGUUGCCAGCUUCGCAUGCCUUCGCCGCUGCAGCAAAGGAUGCCUUCCAUUCUGCCAAAUUAAAUCCUAGUUUGGUAGAUUGUACUAUAAUUGGAAACGUUAAUUUUCUUAGCCAAUGCGAUGGAGGCAAAACAUCGAGGUAUUGUGGGCUUUAUUCAGGGGUCCCGAUUGAAAAACCAGCGCUAGGAGUCAAUAAAGCGUGCGCUUCCGGUUUACAGGCUAUCAUAACUAGCAUAUUGGAAAUCUCAAUAGGUUCAGCGAAUGUAUGUUUAACAGGAGGAACAGAAAUAAUGUCAUCUCUCCCUUUUUUGGUACGAAACGUUAAAUUCGGGUCUACUCUCGGAGUAUCCUAUAAUUUUGAAGACCAUAUCAAAAACCAAAUUCCUGAUAGCUACACUGGUCUUACGUUGCAAAAGAUAGCUGAAAUUGACGCACAAAAAUAUGAAAUAACUAGACAAAUGGCUGAUGAUUUUGCAAAUAACAGUCUUUUAAAAUACAAAGCAGCAUCAACAAAGAUUCUCCCUGACGAGCUGACGAGUCUAACUGUGCAAUUUAAAAAUAAAGACAUUUCGGUGGACAAAGAUGAUGAUGCGAACUUAGAAAUGAAAAAUUUUACAACAGCACCACCGAUAUUACCAGAUGGCACAAUAGUAACAUCGCUAAACUCAUCGGCCCCAGCUGACGGAGCCGCGGCUCUAGUGCUAGCUGAAGAGGAGGCGGUACGAAGAAACGAUGUGAUACCAUUAGCGCGGGUAGUCGCACACGCUUGUGUGGGUGUUGACCCUUACACGGGUCUCGGGGCCGUGGCGGCUGUGAGAAAGCUGUUACAUGUAACUGGGAUGAAGGCUCAUGAUGUCGACUUUUUUGAGAUAAAUGAAACAUUUGCCACACAAGCCCUAGCCACGAUAAAGGAAUUGAAGUUGGAUGAGCAGAAAGUGAACGUCAGUGGCGGAGCCCUGGCGCUCGGCCAUCCUGUGGCCGCCACCGGGGCGAGGAUGGCCGUUCAUCUUAUACAUCAACUUAACCGCCAAAAAGCAAAACGAGCUAUUGCUGCAUCCAGUUGCGGGGGUGGUCAGGGAGUAGCUAUUAUGUUUGAAUCAAUAUGAUUAGAAGAAAACAAUAUAUUCUAUUAUUUACAAAAUAUUAUAUUAUGAAAAUUAAAAUAUUAUAAAGUAGAAAAUCUUAAUAAACUAAAAAUUAAAUUAACCUUACAAGAUAUCUAAACAUACAAUUAUAUCGACUUGCUCUUAAGAAUGUUAAGAAAUCGUCAUUUUUACGGAUUUUGUAAUUAAUUGAGCUAGGUUUAAAGUGUGGGUAUCCCACAGACUAAAGAAAAAAUAAAGUUAAUAAAAUGCAGUCAGCAUUUUGGCAAAUUUUGUUGUACACAAUCUGUAAACUAAACUAAAAUGGCAGGCCUAAAUCUAUCUUUUUCAUAUUGCCAGCUCUCUGAAUCUAAUGCUGGCCACAUUAGAUUUAGAAGUGUUCGUUUAGUUUAGUCCAGUUUAACUUUUCAAGCACAUGUCCUAUCUAUCUUUUCCCUCUAGUCUGUGGGGAUGGCUUAAAUAGUAUUUUGAUUACAUGUAAUUAAUUGUUUUCUAGUUGAAAAUCAUGCAAAUCUCUUUGCGGCAGUGUCAAAAGUAGAAUGGGAAUAUUAUUGCGUCAUAUUUAUAUUAUAUCCAGGCGUAAAUCGUUAUUGGUAGGAAUGCUAAUUGAUUUCAAGUUUACGUAAUUCAUUAUUAUCACCAUUACAUCAUUAUCUUAUAAAUUCCACAAUAA